AUGACAAUAACAUAGGGUAAACAUCUUUACAAUGUUUAUAUUAUUGUCGUUCGUUAUUAUGAUAUACUUUAAAAUGUUAUUAUGCGAGUGUGGUGAGAUUUAUGAAGUAAAAAAUAAAAUUACAUUAAAACCAGACGAUGACUCGAAAUAUUUUGGCUACACAGUAGUUAUGGAUUCAAAUGUGUAUAUUAAUUGUGGGGGCGCCCAAAGCACGAAGCAAGCUGGCCAGAAUGAUGGCCACAGGACAGAUUUACAAUUGCAAAAUACUUGGUUUUGAUGUUCACAACGUAACAUGUUACCCUCUCGGAAGUAAUGGCACAGCUCAAGACGCUAUAUUCGGACGGUUCGCGGGUUAUUCUGAUUUCUUCAGGGAUGAUAUGUGGUUCGGAGCUGUAAUCGCUUUGGUUCCCAACGGAAAGUUAUUGAUUUGCUCACCGAGAUGGACAAAUCCUUACAAGGAUACACAUUUACUCGCGAACGGUGCUUGUUACAUCCAGGCCCAAAGGAGAGCCUUAAGUCUCCUUCCACUAAAAGACAUGACCCGACAAGCGUUUAUGACACAGGGUUUAAGGAAGGAAUACGGGGAAUACGGCACCCAUCUCAAUUUUUAUGCCUACGGUCAAGCAGGCUUCUCAGCAAAAGUGACAGAAAACAAUAGCGUUAUAAUCGGAGCGCCAGGCCUCUUGCAAUGGACCGGUGGAAUCGUGGAAUACAAAUAUUACCCAGAUCCAAGAAGCGUCCUUUUUGGUUUGCAACCUAUUACGAAUCCAUAUUACACUCCAGAUUUAGGACCAGAUGAUUACUUAGGAUACAGUGUCGAGUCUGGCAUAUUUGAAAAAAACGGAAGGACAUUGUACGUAGCUGGAGCUCCGAGAUCCAAAGCUGGUUAUGGCCAAGUGUUAAUAAUUGAGCCAUCGUUUAGAGAAAACGGACCUCUGAACAUUAAAGCCAAGUUGAUAGGUCAUCAGCUGGGAUCCUACUUCGGAGCCAGUAUGUCAUGCACUGAUAUCAAUGGUGAUGGUAUAUCGGAUUUGAUGGUGGGAGCACCAAAUUUCGUCAUUCACGAUGGCAGUCUUCAUUACGACCAAGGAGCGGUGUUUGUCUAUUUGACAGAAAGUCAGGAAUCAAAUUUCACUCUGAUUGAACAUGCUUAUGUAUUUGGAUCAGCACGGAGUGGAUCGCGGUUUGGAAGUUCGAUCGCUAGUUUAGGAGAUAUAGACGGGGAUGGUUACAAUGACAUAGCUAUUGGUGCUCCCUGGGAGAAUGACGGUAUCGGAGCUGUAUACAUUUAUCGAGGGGGCGCUGAUGGGUUACUCCAGCCAUUUGUACAAAAAAUUUUUGUUGAAGAAGCGAGAAGUUUUGGUGUUUCGAUUUCCAAGGGCGUAGAUUUAACUAACGAUAAUUGUAAUGAGCUAGCUGUAGGCGCUCUCAAUUCCCGCACAGCAUAUAUUUUCAAAUGCAUACCAACAAUGCAUGUGGACGUUUCUAUUAAAGUCCCGGAUGCAAUGAACUUGCAACAAAACGCUACCAACUUCACUGCUUUGUUCUGUGUUAAUGCGCGCUCCAGUAAAUUGUGGCCUCAUGUGAAAAUAGACUUUAUAGGCAGAAUAGUUAUUGAUCCCGAGGAAAACAGGGCAAAGCUAAAAGAUGACACUGAAUAUGACAUCACAAUUGCACCAGGAGAUGAGAAUUGUGAUGAACAAAUUGUAGAAGUAAUGACAACAGCAGACUUGUCUAAACCGAUUUCGAUGAAAUUCAAUUUGGAGGUCAAUGAAUAUCCGAUAGAAAUCUCGGAUUUGCAGCACGCCGCUAGACUUGAGGAAAACUCUAUUUUAGAAACUACAUUAGAUAUCCAACUGACGAGAGACUGUGGAGAAGAUCUUAUCUGUAAGCCCUUGCUAGAAAUGACAUUGGAACCUUUAAAUAGUCCAUACGUUCCAGGUUCAGAACACAGGCUUGGACUAAAAGUGACAGUUUUGAAUAAAGAGGAGCCAUCGUAUGGGGCCAAAGUUCAUCUCAUUGUUCCUUCUUCACCGAAGCGUCUCCCAACUGAAUGCUCUUUACAAAACUUAAAUGUAACUUGUAGUCUUCCGGCUCCAUUGAUGAGAAUGAAUUCAGUUGUAUUUGAAAUAGAAUUGGAAUAUAUACCUAUAGACAGAGCUGAAGAUCUACUAAUAAUAAAGGCUAGACUACAAGAUCCGCUAUAUGAAGAUUCUGAUAUAGAAAGGGCAUUCCAGGAGUUAGACAUUGUUAUUACACCUAAAGCAAACUUUGCUAUUAGCGGAAAAUCGUUACCCAACGCGACUAUACUAGUGACAAGAGACAAACUUCAUGGGGACGAAAAUAUAACAUUUGUUCAUCAGUAUGAGAUCAUGAAUUGGGGACCAUCUGACUGGUAUCGUUUGAGAGUACAAAUAAUUUUAUCCGAAAAGGUCAACAUGUCGACUCGACUUAAAGAAUGUUGGGAACUAGACCGAGUAACUCAUUGCGAAUGGAAGCUUCCAGCAAAAGUUUCUUUGCCAGUGGUUCUACCUCUGCGCUUUGAUUUACAUGACCACGGUGAAUUCUUAGAAAAAAAAGUUGUGUACAAUAUCACCUCUACAAUGACCAUUCUAUUGGAAGCUCAGAACAAAUCUGUUUCGACGAUCACAACUUUGAUUUUGGAGCCUGAGCAACCCUAUUGGCCAGUUAUUGUUGGUUGCAUAGCAGGCCUCCUUUUGCUAUCCGCUAUCAUUACAGGAUUUUAUAAAUGUGGAUUCUUCUCGAGAAAAAGAAUUGAAGAUUUCCAAAGACUUCAGGAACACCAGGCGGAUGGAGCUUCUGCUUCAGAUGCGAAUAUUUCAGUUGGCUCACUUGCCAUGCAGUUAAUGGUUAAAUGUAAUAGGCGACUUUUGUUUAAUAGAAACAAAAGUUUUUAUAAUGCAUAUUCAAACAUGAGAUCACCAUCACACUGUGUUACGGAGGACGAUCUGAAUAAGAAAACAUCUUCAAUUGUAGAUUUUUACAAUGGAAAAUCUAUUUUUAUCACUGGAGGGACCGGCUUUCUCGGAAAGAUGUACAUUCGAAAUAUAUUACACCGUUGUCCUGGAAUUUGCAAAAUAUAUAUGCUGAUUCGACCAACUUCAAAAAAUUCAGUAGAGAGUCGCCUUGAAGAUAUGAUUAAAAACUCAAUGAACCUGUUUGAAGGACUGAACGAAAAUCAUUUUAUGAAAUUAGUUCCUAUUGAAGGUGAUGUUACUGCGCCAAAUUUAGGCAUUCAUCCAGACAAAAAAAGAUUGCUACAAGAACAGGUAUCCAUCAUUGUACAUUCAGCUGCUACAUUAGAUAUAAAUGCAACGUUACGAGAAGCAUAUCACGUAAAUGUAAUCGGUACAGAAAACCUUCUGGCGGUCGCCAAAGACAUGAAGAAAUUACACGCUUUUUUACACCUAUCAACUUUUUAUUGCUGUAUGACAAAUGAAAAAAACGCUAUAGAAGAAAAGGUGUACUCUCCGCCAUUAUACGUAAAAGAUGUUCCAAAAACACUGGAGAAAUAUGGUCAUAUGCGAUUUCCUCCCCAAAGCCUUCUGGGAAAUAAACAAAAUACGUACAUAUUCACAAAGGCAAUUUCGGAAUACUUAGUAAGCUCAACUCAUGGUGACAUACCUACUGCAAUUAUAAGGCCUUCUUUGAUUGGGUGUAGUAAUAAAGAUCCCUACAAAGGAUGGAUAGAUGUUUUUAAUAUACACUCAUUUAUUUUGACCGCAAUAUCAAACGGUUUUCUUCGAAUAUUAAAUAUUAACAAAAACACUGUUUGGGAUUUUAUCCCGGUUGAUUAUGUUGCGAAUCUUAUGAUUUUAGCAGCCACCAAAUGUAAAAAAUCAACUCAAGUAGAUAUUUACAACUGUGCUUCUAGCGGUAUUAACCCAGUGACGAUUUUAUCAGCUUCUUCUAUAUUUAUAUCAGAUUUCGUAACUAACAAAAAGAAUGAAUUUCCUCUUCCAUUAGUAUUAUAUUUGGAAAGUAAAUUACUCGGACGAUUGUUAAAUCCCUUUGUGCAUUUAAUACCGGCCGCUAUUAAUGAUGUAAGAUAUAUACUGACUGGAAGAAAGGCAAAUUCCGUAAAAAGUAUAAAAAAAUUGUUAAAAAUUAAAGACCAAAUUAAAUUUUUUGGUGGUCAUUCUUGGAAAGCUAAGUCGGAUCACGUCACUUCACUCAUUAAUUCAUUGAGCGAUGAAGAUAGAAAAAAGUUUCCCUGUGAUCCAUCGGACAUAGACUGGGUUGAAUAUUUCAGGGAAUACAGCAAAGGCACCAGGAAUUAUUUAUCCAAGAAUUAAAAUCAAAAAUUGUGAUUCUAUUGAUUUAUUUAAGUGAUUGAACUAAAAAUAUAACUAUGAAAUGUUGUUAUAAAUUAAUAAAGCAAUUUGUAUUAUAAAUGAUUGAUUACCAAAUAUAUAUAUUAAUAGAAUAUGAAGCAAAGGACGAUGUGUGUUGGUCCUUACAAGAAUUCUUAAACGUCAAUAGUUGUUAAUUAUUUGUAGAUAUCAGAAAUAUAUAGUGUUGGCAUUUUUUUAUACUAUGUAAUUAAAGCUGCGAGUAAAUUUAAUUGUUUUAAAAUACACUGUAGUAGUUCUAAAUUGUACAUUGUAAAUAUUUAAGUUUGGAUGUAGGUAUGCAACAGUUGUUCAGUUUUACAUAUAUGAUAUAAUUAUUUUAAACACAUGUAAGUAUUUAUUAUACAAUAUA